CGUUCUUUAUUAUAACACUACAAAAUAUGCGCAACAUAUUUGUGUUAUUGCACUUUGAAGUCUGUACAAUGUACAAUAAGACGUCGAUUGAGGCGACUACCGCAGUUAUCGGUAAUUUGCGAGCUCUAGAUAAAAAGCGUUGUUUUAUUGAAAAAUUGAUUGUGUUGUUACAAAAUUGCCUUAAUAUAUUUAUUAGCUGGAAAAAGAAAAAUUUUUAUAUAGUGCUAACUAAUCUCAUGAAGUUUCAUCUCUCCUUAACUCUUUUGUUCGUGUAUUACGGCUAUAAAGUUUUUGCCGGUCCAUCGGAGGAUGGCUCUAUAACACAAGUUAUAUAUUUGGACCCGGGCUCAAGGGUCGACUACCAUCCGAGGACAGCUAACACUGGAUUUUUCAAUAAAGACUUGCGAAUUUAUUGCUUUCGUGGUACCCGAAAAGAUUUAAGUCGUUUCUUCCAGAGCACUGAGCUGCAUUUGGAAAUUGAAAAUGACGAAUUUACACAAUAUGAAGGCGACUCUCCCACUCAAGUUCGGAAACAUUUUAAUGCGCGGCAGUCAUUGUUUAAUUUCAAUUUGUUUGAUAAUAAGCGAACAAGUUUAAAGCUAACAACUUUUAAACAACAUUGUAUUGGCAUUGUCACCGGACAACCUUACCGUGUACGUCUGCAGCAAUUUCGAUUUGAUUAUUUUCGCAUUACUGAGUUUACUGUAGGUGUCUGCCUAUUAGUAUAUGCAGGAAGACUUGGUGGAAAUUCAUUUUUCUUUUAUCUCACUGGUAUUGCGUUCGGUAUAUGUUCAUCCUUCAUGCUCAUUAUUUGGCUAACAAGCAAAUUGAUGCCCAGGCGUCCUAUGGUAUAUACCAUGUUGAUUAGCGGAUGGUCGCUCGGUAUUUACUUUCUUCAUCGGCUUUGGAAUAAUAUCCAGUUGAUAUUUCAGUUAUAUCGCACAUACGUUAUUUGGUAUAUAAUAAUAACAGGACUAACAUCAUUCUUCAUCUGUUAUCGCAUUGGUCCACCAAAAAACAAACGUUCUAAAAAUAUAAUUAAAUGGAUUUUACAAAUAAUAGCACUCGCGUUAAUUUAUUUUUCCAGCCAAUAUGAGGAAGCAAGCAUCCUUAUAUCCACCAUGAUAAUAGUAAUGCAUUAUUUCCCUCAUUCAAUUUUUUACAAAUUGGUUGCGAUGUAUAGGCGGUUUUUCCCUCCUAAGAGGCGUUUACUUACUCGUGAGGAAUUUUAUGAGGAAGGUAUUAGAGAAACUUCAAAAGCAUUGAACGAGUUAAGGAUGUUUGCUAGCAGCCCCGAUUGCAAACAGUGGAAAGUUGUAUCAAAACUAAGCGAUCCUGUUCGUUUUGCUGCUUUCGUUGAAGGUGAAAGCCACUUACGGGAAGAAGAAAUUUCAAAUUUUCACAUCUUAGCACAAGCUCUGGAGUUUGAUGUAACGGACUCUAGCGACGAAGAAGUUGUAAAAGAGCGUUCAAAAAAAGUAUACGAUGAUUCCAUUGAUAGUGGGCAUGGCAAUACUAACCAAUUGCAAAAACCUCAAAAUUUCCCUUUUGAUGAGUUUAACGUUGAAGAAAAUGCUAGUAAUAGCAAAAGUUACAGAACUUUUCAAAAAACAAAUAGCGCCAAAAAAGAAAUGCACGAGCAUCGGUUAUAUUCAGGCGAAAGGUACCAAAAAUAUCAAUCAAAGACUCUCAACCUACAAGUUAAGGGGGACAAAGACAAUAAAAGAUCUCGAACCCCACAAAUUGACAAAUCAAAUGAAUUAUAUUCAGGUUCGCUCGGUAGGAACAAAAAAAAUAUCCAAAAAUACAAUCAGCGUCAAAAAAGUAUAAACUUCGAUGAUUAUGGUAAUUCCGAAAGUGAUAAUUAGCUUAAGACUUCGCCGAAAUAAUAUAAUUAAAAUGAAAGCGUAUUAGCUCGAGUACAUUUUGUCAAUUACUGAAUCUAUAUAUUACUUAGCUUAGAAUAGCAGAAUACCUCAAUAAAGAGUACUUAACUCCCGACUGAUAUAUAUAUAUAUAUUACAUAUUUUUUUAGAUUAAUUUUAAAUUUUAAUGUUAAAUAUAUCAAUAUUUAUCAAUGGAAAUAUUAUGUCCACUCCAAGGA